AAAAGGGAAAAUUCACCUAGCGAAAAUUAUAAAAACGCGAACAUUCAUCUUCAUAUUUUCUCUCUCCUCUGUUCUGCAGCAAUUCCAGAAACUUCCUCAAAACCCCAAAUAACUUCACCUCAGAUGAGUUCCUUCUUCCGCAAAAUUCACGAAAUUCGACAUCUUUUUCAAGAGAUUCAAUCUCUCUCCCCUAUUGAUAUCGUCGCUCUCUGAUUUCCCGUUGUUUCCGUGGUUAAAUUUUGACAUUUUUCGUUUUCCCGCCGAGAUGAAAUGCGCUUAGGGCUUGUUUCUGUGACCCGUUCUUCGCAAAAAUCAAAGUAAUAUCCUUUUCCUUUUUCUUGAAUUUCGCAAUUUUUGUUCUUGUUUUCGAAUUUUGCUGCAGGUUUUAAUUAGGCUUUUGUUUUGCGCAACGUUUUUCGUUUUUUAAUGUCAAAAUACAAUCCGAGUUUUCACUUUGUUUUUGCGAAGAACUGGUUAGGUUUUGCGUAGAUACAUGUUGGUUUAGUUUAUCGUAUUACUUGAGGAAAAUAGGUUUAUACUAGUUGAAAUUUCUGGGUUUGAGUAUUUGAGGUAGAAUGACGAGGGAAGGAAGAGAUAUGGGAGAUAGACAAGGUAAUGGUGGUAGACGUGAUCCGGGUUUUCGUCGAGAGAGAAGUGAAGAAAGAGAACGCGGUAGUACUCAGCAGGUGCCUGCUGAAGAAGGAGGAGUUGGCAUGGUUAUGAUAAGCCGGAACGGUGAUGGACAAAUGAGGGCAUUUUCGAGGUUUAAUGAUACGUCUUCGAAGUUUCAAUGGACAAAUUUGUUGAGAGAAUCAAGGAAUUCAAUGGUUGUUGGUGUUGAAAGCGAUCUUCAAGAUAACAGACAUGUCAAUUAUGGCAGGAACUCAAUACCCGUUGAAGGCGAAAGGAAUUUACCCCCAAAUGCAUAUAAUGCUAGUGCUGAAUAUCUUGGACAUACUAGGAAUGUGACUGGUCUUUCAGUUGAAGGUUCCAACUAUCAUGGACGUAAUAGGAAUACUGUGACUGGUCUCUUAGCUGAAGAUUCCAACUAUCAUGGACGUAAUAGGAAUGUUAUGACUGAUCUUCCUAGUGAACGUGCUGAAUAUCAUAGACAAAAUAGGAAUGUGACUGGUCCUCGGAUAGAAGAAGCUGAAUAUAAUGGACACACUAGGAAUUGUAGUGGUGUUCAGAUUCAAGAUUCUGAUUACAAUAGAAAUACUAGGAAUAUGACUGAAGAUGCUGAAUAUAAUGGAUUUUCUAGGAAAGAGACAGGUCCACCAGUUGAUGAUGCUGAAUAUCAUAGAUGUGCAAGGGCUAGUCAUCCAGUUCAAGAUGGUGGGAGGUUUCUGGUAAGGGACCGAACACAGCUUAUGGAUAGGGAAAAUUCAUCGAAAACUUAUGAGAGAGACCGUUUUAGGUUUCUGAAUGAGGAUAGCUCUCGUAGUUUGACUCCACGUUCACAGUCUAGUGGUCAACAUACCCCAUUGCGAGGAAUUCCAUCUUCAAAUCUGGAAGGUCCGCAUCAAAGAGUUUUCCAUCACCCUGCUGAUAGGAAUAUUCCAUCUUCAAGUUGCUACAGCUCCCAUGGAAGGGUAUACUCUAAACCUGGUACAAGUGCUUGUGCUAUCUCGAGUAAGGGCACUAUUUCAAGAGCAGAGCAUAAUUCGAACAUGGGUAGGCAUGUUGACUAUAUGCAUCCAGAGAGUCAAAGGUCCAGAAAGGUCUAUAGAAGGGCAUUAUCAGAAGAUACCUAUGAGAAAUGUGAGAAUGUGCAGGAUUACAAUGACCAUGAAGAGGAUGGACUACAUAGUUCCAAUCACAUCCUGCAAGAGGCACCUUUUGAUACAGAUGUCAUAAGGACUGCUCAAGAAAUAGACAGGUAUGGUGGGGUUAAUUUGAAUAUGAGCAGGUAUGUUGAAUACCAACCACAAGCUAGUUAUGAAACCACAACUCGGGAAGAAGAGUGUCCUUAUGAAACUCAUACACAUGGUGUAGUAUAUGAAAACCAAACAUGUUACUAUCCAAUACUAGAGGAGAAAGCUCUAAAUGUGGAUGAAGAUGAGCAUCAGAUGUUGAGAUCAGAAGAUAUUGAUCUGCAUGACCAACCGAAGAGGAUGCCUAAAAGAAAGCGUGAGUUUGUUGGAAAGACGAGUUGGUCAAAGCACAGAACUUCUACCUUAGGUGGUAGAGGUGAUUUGAGUUAUGAUGAUAGGUUCCCAACUGAUGAGCGUGAGAAUGAAUUGGCUCAUUCAACUAGGUGCUCAAGUCAUCAUUUUCAUUCGAAGGAACAUGCAGGAAUAUCUAAAACUGACUCUAGAGAGCAAUUUGGUGGUUUGUCCAAGGCAUUGCAAAGCCGUUUAAGCAAACCUUAUGAUUCUGGCAGCAGUGAUGUUAAAACUCGGCUGAAGUACCCUCGUUUUACUCGUCUUCAGGGACCUCAAGCUUCAAAAUUCUCGAGGGGAAAUGUCAAAAGCUCUGUCAAGUCUUCUCUAAAUGAUAACCGCAUUGAUCCACAACCUUUUGGCAAAACAAAACACACCAGUACUAAAAAGAGGCUCAAGUCAGCACAUUAUAUGGAUGUUUGUCCAUCUGAUCUUCAAGACUCACAUCCCGGACCUGAUAUAGAGUCGCAGCCAAAGCUAGUCACUAAAAAGUCUGGGGACACUAAAGAAGCAGAUCUUCAGCAAGAAGCUGAUCCAGAUCAUUCAAUACUAAAGGUGAAGCCUACAGAGAAAGACCCGCCAGAAAACUCUGAAGAACUUAAGUGUCUGGUGGACCAGUGGUUUAUAAAAUGCAUGCUUUACUUGAAUACAAACCCAGGCCGACAGAAAAAAUUUAAGGAGCAAGGAAAAGCUGGUACAUUGAAGUGCAUCAUUUGUUCCAGCUCUAAAGAGUUUAUCCAAGCAAAAGAUGUUGCAACUCAUGCAGUCACAUCUCUCAAGGUUGGGCUUAGAGCAGCACACCUAGGGUUCCACAAAGCUUUAUGUGUCUUGAUGGGAUGGGAUCUAGCAUUUUCAUCUAAUGGCCGUUGGGUUUGCAAAUCUUUGCCUGAUAUUGAGGCUUGGGCUUUAAAGGAGGAUAUAAUUGUGUGGCCUCCUGUUGUAAUCAUUCACAAUGGUUCUGCUAGAGACAUCUAUAGCAACAAACAGGUGAAGAUUUCUAUUGAACAGCUUGAGAAUAUCUUGAGAGAUAUGGGUUUAAGUGAAGGAAAGACCUCGGUGCGCUAUGGAAAACCUGGAAAUCCAAACAUAAUGUUGGUGAAGUUCAGUGGGACUCUUUCCGGGUUGCAAGAAGCAGAAAGACUUCAUAAUGUGUUUUCUGAGAAGAAACGUGGAAGGGCCGAGCUUCAAGAGAUAGAUCAUGCUGGAAUUGGGUGCAAUGAGGUUGUUGUUCAAAACUCAGAAGAGAAGAUAGAAGAUGCACUGGUGAAGUUCAAUGGAAGUCUUUGUGGCUUGCCAGAUGCUGAAAGGCUUUCUAGUGUGUUUCCUGAGAAUAAGCAUGGAAGGGCCGAGCUUCAAGUGACGGGUGCUGGAAUUAAGUGCAAUGAGGAAGUUUCUCAAAAGCCAGCAGAUAAGAUAGAAGAUGCACUCAUGAAGUCCAAUGGAACUCUGCCGGGCUUGGAAGAUGCAGAAAGGCCUCAUAAUGUGUUUUCUGAGAAGAAACAUGGAAGGGCCGAGCUUCAAGAGACAAAUGCUGGAAGUGGGUGCAAUGAGGAAGUUGCUCAAAAACCAGAAGAUAAGAUGGAAGAUGCAUUAGUGAAGUUCAAUGUAACGCAUUCCGGGUUGCAAGAAGCUGAAAAACCUCAUAAUGUGUUGACUAAAAAGAAACGUGGAAUUGGGGGCAAUAAGGUAGUUGUUCAAAGGCCAGAAGACAAGAUAAAAGAUGCACUAUAUGGCUAUCUCGGGAUUGUGGAAGACUUUGACAAACUGAAUUAUGAUAUAAGACGACAUUGUGUAGCAAAGAGUAAGAAGGAGAUCCUUGCUUCCAUGGAUACUGAUACUUAGCUGCAGCAUAUCACAACUACAACUAAAACUAACUGGAUGGAUGACUUUGUUUUGGUGUUUUGGUUAAGUAUGCUUAGUUGCAGCUCAAAUGUAAAGUCUCACGAAUCGAAUCUGCAACAACAUUGCAAUCCUCUUUCUCAUACCCGGUGUCAAAAGCAUGUUUUUUUUUUUGAUCCAGUUAGUUACUAUAUGAGUCGUAGACUGCUACUUAGUUGAUAUGUUGAACUAGAGUGUCAAGAUCAAUUUUUGGGGUGCCGAAACUGUGGAUGAAUGAUGUUUCUUUUGUUGAUCGUUCCCGAUUGGCACACACAUAUAUAUAGAUGCUCUCUUUACUUUGUUUAA